UAUCGCACCCCCAUUCACAUAUAUUCCUGUCCCAUAUGACUGUCGCUUCUUUGAUCACUGAGACUAUCAAGCUGGCUACGAGUCGGUUAGCAGAAUGAGCCCUGCCCCGGAACCUCGGCAGACGAAGAAACGCGAAUCGCGUGCUGGAGCACGGAAAGUGACGUCGCUCUCUGCCGAGCAACUAGAAAGGAAGCGUGCCAAUGACCGUGAGGCUCAAAGAACCAUUCGUCAGCGGACAAAGGAGCAUAUCGAGCGUCUAGAGCAUCAGGUGGCUGAGCUGAAAAUCAAAGGAGACCGGUUCGACGAGAUAGUCCGACGAAAUACCGCAAUGGAGAUGGAGAUUCGUUCUCUUAGACACCAAUUAGCCUUGGCCACAGGCAGGCAGGGUCAUUCAAGCCUGGAUGGCUCAUACAGCACUCCCUCCGGGUCCAUGCUACCUUCACCUCAUCUCCCGGACUCCUUGAGCUUGAAUCCAGCUUCCAGGGCGGCCUCGGUGCUGUCCACAUCAAGUCGAACAUCCAUUGCUCCCGAGUGGCAACCAUACGGUUCAGCUCGGACAUCUUCCGUAGGGGAACCUUCGGACACAAGCUAUGGGGCUAGGCUCGAGCCAUAUGUCUAUGAAAGUCACAUUCAAGCGCCCAACCUGCUACCGGUCGCUUCAGCCCAUAUUAGUUACAAUCCUUCCCUCUGUGCACAACCGGCCCAGCCUCCUGAUUCGGGUUACCCGCCUUACCCGCAGGGCUACCACCCCGAGGCUAUCCGUGGUCUCGGGCAGGAGAGCUCACACCACACCCAACCCCAAAUACCCUGUGUUCCAGGUCAACGAUCGAUGUCGGUGCCAACUUGUUCUUCAGAAAGAGAAUCAUCGGGGUAUCCUGUUGUCCAGGCACCACAGCAAUAUCACGAGCAUACCAUCCCGUCACAUUCGACACAACCGAGGAGCGAGUAUAGCUAUGACUGGAGCCAUCAUCAAUCGUGACUUUUGAAGAAUCAGAAGAGGCUCGCAGAGGCUACACCAUCCAGCAUAAUAUGAUCCGUGGCAAGCGAUGAAACCCACUCGUCUCCCUUGUCCAGCGGGAAAGGGUGCGGAUAAUGCCCAGUGAUUUGGAUUAAAAGAUUGGUCCGAGUUUGGAUUUGACUGCUCGGUCUCCGGGAUCUUGC